AUGAAUACCACAAAACAAUUAUUCAAGAACACUUUGCCCUAUCGUAUUACAAAAGCUCUCUCUUCACAUAUGGCAAAGAUAGCAGUGACUCCUUUGCCCUCGCAGAAUCCGGAGCCAGUGGAUCCUCCGGCGCAUUGGGUCAGCAAUCCACCAACAUCGUUCAGGAAUCCCUGGCCCAGCUUCGCAAAACAACACGGACUUCUCGACGUAUUCAAGACACGCUUCAGCAACAACAGAAACUUUGUUCCCGUGCCCGAGACCAGAGACGAGUUGGUCAAAGUCCGCAAACCAGAUUGGGGCAGAAGCUUAGACGGUUGGCAGCAUGAACUAAAAGCUACGUGGUUGGGUCAUGCUGGGUUCUUGGUAGAGACGGCUUGCUCAGCCACCACACCAGGACUCGAGGGUUCGACCGAUGAUGGAAACAGCAGCAGAGGUGUUCGUAUCUUGUUUGAUGCCGUGUUUAGUGAGAGAACGAGCCCGGUGGGUUGGUUUGGACCCAAACGGUAUACGCCUACGCCUUGCACGCUGGACGAGUUGCCUGAGGUCGACUUGGUGAUUAUUUCGCAUAAUCACUAUGAUCAUUUGGACAUCGCGACCAUCUCGCAUGUUUACAAAAAGUCGAAGGCAGCAGGCAAGGAUAUACAUUUCUUUGCUGCGCUAGGCAACAAGCAGUGGUUCUUGAAUGCAGGUAUUGGAAUCACCGCAGAAGAGGUCACAGAAUGUGAUUGGUGGGACGGUCAAAAGAUUGAUGUUCAAGGAGUAGGCAGCAUCAAUCUCACAUGCACGCCAACACAGCAUUUUUCUGGACGAACGCCUUUCGAUGCCGGACAGACUCUGUGGUCCUCAUGGGUCGUUGAAGAUGUGCAGUCUAGCAAGAAACUCUACUUUUCGGGCGACACGGCAUACAAAGCUACCUCUGCAAAGACAGCGUGCCCAGCAUUCAAGCAGAUAGGCGAAGUCUUUGGAGGAUUUGAUUUGGCUAUGGUACCUAUCGGUCUAUACUCACCCGAGUGGUUCAUGAGCAAUGUCCACUGUUGCCCUGAAGACAGUCUUGAGAUUCACAAGGACAUUGGCAGCAAGAAGACUAUUGGUAUGCACUAUGGGACGGUGCGAGGAGGGCUAAGCGCGCAGUAUGAAGAUGUCAGGGAGCCACCAAGGCGCUGGCAGGAGUGCUGCGCAAAGGAAGGUAAAUGGCAGACGGAAUGUUGGUUGUGUGAUGUAGGCGAGACGGUGACAGCCGCUUAA